AUUGUACUCCUACUAAUAGCAUUGCCAUUGGUUGGUCUAUGGCACAUGGAAUAGGCUCGUAAGAAGUGGGAACGUCGCAGGCUGUUGAUUGAAAGUCAUGCUGGCAUCUUGUUUGAGGCGCAGCGUCUCCUGUGCGCUUGCCCCUCGAGUCCAGUCGUCUAACCCAGUAUUCGUUAGAUUUGCUGGUCACAACAAAUGGUCGAAGAUAGCCAAAUCAAAGGCAGUUGCUGAUAAGAAGCAUGGGAUCGUAGUUACUCAAAUAAUCUUUGCUGUCGAGAGCGCCGUCAAAGCCGGGGGGCCUGACCCUAGGCUAAACCUUUCGCUUGCGAAAGUGAUGGAAAGUGGAGCUAAGAUGAAAGUGGAUAAAUCUGUAAUGGACAGAGCAAUCAAGCGAUGUGUGGAGACGCCAGCGGUAGACUUACUAGUUGAAGGUCGCUCUCCGUUGGGAUUUCAGCUUAUUCUAGUUGUGCCAUCUAGAGACCCGCCUGCCUCUUGUUACAAGCACUUAACAAGAAGCCUGAAAAACACAUGCGUUGAGAUUACCCAGGGAUCGGCACUCUACGCAUUCAACAAGAAAAGUUUGGUCGUGGUACCAAAGGUUGAUGGUUUGCCCGAUCUCGAUGAUAUGGCAAUUGAAUGCGGUGCAGAGGAUUGGAGAGAAAGAACUGAUCUUGAAGGCAAUCCAGUGAUUGAGCUGAUUUGCGGGGACAAAGAAGCACAUCCAGUGAAGCUGGCACUGGAUGAAAUGAAGGUGGAGUACAAUGGGGUGGAAGCAGCCUACCUACCUAAGAAUGAGCCUGUUGAAAUUGCCGAGAAGGAUGAAGAGCAAGUGGAAGAGCUCUUUGAAGCGCUAGAUAGCCAUCCAAACAUCCGUUCCUACUUCACCACCGUUGCUGGCCACAGCUAAGGAGGGCAACAACAUGAGUGAUGUGACGCACUAGUCACACAGUGACCGAUUGCCAUGUAUCCUAGUGCGCGAAAGGCAUAGACUAUGUGUGCGUUGCUAUUGGAAGCUAUCGUGUUGUCGGCGUCCGGAGUGAUACGCGCUGUUAGUUGGUAUUGCUUGGUCCAGCUGUGGUGCAACUUGCCAGCAACAUACACUGGCCCUAUUUAUGAUAAAGAACAUACACUGUAUUUGAAUGUUGCGGCAGUGACGUUGUGUCAGCACGAGUCUUCAUUGCAACACCAAUCCGUGCCCCGCUGUCAACUUAGUUUUGCUCUACUCGCAAUCCCGCUCUUCAACUUAUGAUGCACUCCAGCCACCAGCAGUGAGACAGCCCACGGAGACAAUGCCCACUCUCUCUCUCUCUCUCUCUCUCUCUCUCUCUCUCUCUCUCUCUCUCUCUCUCUCUCUCUCUCUCUCUCUCUCUCGCUCGCUCCCUCUGAUGAGUGAUGGUCUUGCCUGGUUGAUAGUGCUCUGGUCAUGGAGAAUGCAGCAAUGUUUUCCCUAUCAUAUUUGUCAAAUUUAGUUACUUUUGUAGAUCCCUGGAUGGUUUUUGACCAAAGAGUACCUCUUUGAGUAGUUUAAAACACAGCG